AUGACCAUGGGUGCGGCAGCUGACAAGCUGGAAAGAAAGCGGCUACGGGAAGUGUCGAGAUACUACUGCGCAACCCAAUUCAAAGUUGACAAUACAUUUAAUGGCAAUGCCGCAGCAGGCUCCUCAUGCGAUGGCGGACUCGAUCCUUUACCGGCCAGUCAGAACAUUCUACGGCCAGCUCAACUUUCCCCAGAUCCUGCAUUGACGGCCUUUGCUCAACUUGGGACGCUUAAGCUCAACUGUGAGCGUGCCUUCAUUGGUAUUAUUGAUCACAAGACCCACCAUGUGAUCGCAGAAGCAACCAGGACAAUAUCUCUACAAGAUAAAGACAAACAUGCUGAAGGUGACGCCUUAUACUGUGGUCUACAGGCACUGCCAAUACAUUGGGGGAUUUGUCCUAGCACGAUUCAUGUGUUCAGUGAUCCACAGUCGGAAUAUGCCAUCGAGACUCCGAACAUCACAGCAAACACUACGCGUUAUGUUAUCCGAGAUUUGGCACUUGAGGAAGCCUACAGGGACCGUCCAUAUGUUGUCGGACAACCCUGGAUGCGAUUCUACGCAGAGGUUCCGGUCAAGAGCCCGGCAGGAUUUGUUAUUGGGUCGUUCGCCAUCGUCGACGACAAGCCUAGACAUGUCUUUACAGAUGCCGAUGUUGAAACCCUCCAAGAGAUUUCCAGGGUCGUCACCCAGCACCUGGAAACUGUCCGCUUACAGCAUGAUUCUAAACAUGCCGGCCGCCUCAUGCAAGGGCUGAGCUCUUUCGUAAAGCAAGAAUCAAGUGCGAAGGGUUUGGCGUCGACCUCUUCCACUACGUCCGAUCGAUAUGAGACGUUGCCACCUCCAGCAAAGCUUCGUCGGUGUGCUAAGAUCCCAAAUCCGUACAGAUCUGAGAUAGGACCUGAUACCGUGUUCUCACGCGCUAGUAGCCUCAUUCGACAGAGUAUGGACCUUGAGGGUGUUGUCUUCUUUGAUGCUCGCAGGUCUGUGAGCUCUUCAGCUUCCAAGCAAUUGGUUUCGGAGAACCUUGGUUUCUCUACAAAGUCCGACUCGAUGACGAGGGAAGCAUUGAGUAUGCCACAGGAGUUGCUGCAGCAGAUCUCUGCCAGGUACUCGACAGGACAAAUAUUCAACUUUGAUGAAUUAGGUUUGGUGGUAGUGGAUCAGGAUGUGGAUCAGGAUGAAGAGUCUUCCGAAGCGACUUCGUGUAAAGGCAUACCUGGAACGGAUGCUGCAUUACUUUCUGCAACCUUUCCAGGAGCGCACUCCAUUAUCUUCUUUCCAUUGCCGGGUGCAGGAGAUCGUUGGUAUGCCGGUUGUUUCGGUUGGACUUUCGAUGCAAAACGAGCACUACAGACGGAGGAGAUUACUUAUUUCGCUGCGUUUAGCAAUUCGAUUAUGUCCGAGAUUUUUCGUCUGGAGGCCGUUGCUAUGGACCGGGCCAAGUCUGAUUUCAUAUCUUCCAUCAGUCAUGAGUUAAGGUCACCUCUCCACGGCAUCCUGGCCAGUGCCGAGCUCCUCCAGGCUUGUUCGUCGGGCUCUGAACAGGAUAGUCUUAUUCACAUGGUCGAUACUUGUGGGAGGACAUUACUUGACACGAUGAACCAUCUUUUCGACUACGCGAAGAUCACUAAUACGUCCAGGUCGGGCUCCAGUGUCUCGAACAAGGACACCUCCGCACCAAUGAGCGGUCGAUCGACAUUGGAUCUUAGCGAAUUGGUUGAAGAAGUGGUCGAAGCAGUUUAUACUGGUCAUAAAUUCGCUCGAACAUCGUCAAUGACAUCGCCAAAUACCAACGGAGUUCACAAUGCCCAGCCCCCAGUCUCGGUCAUUCUCGACAUUGCAGCUGCUUCUGACUGGGUUUUCAAGAGCGAGGCAGGCGCGUGGAGGCGGAUUGUGAUGAAUCUAUUUGGCAAUGCUCUCAAGUACACAGAAGCAGGUACAAUUCGUGUCUCGCUACGUGCUAAUGGCUUUCAAAAUCAACCAGAAGGUUCUCAAGUAACGAUGGUAGAGUUGUGUGUUGCCGACACAGGCAGAGGGAUCUCACAGGACUACCUGAAAAAUCGCCUCUACACGCCAUUUGCUCAAGAGGACAGCUUGUCUGUUGGCACAGGUCUUGGUCUUAGCAUUGUCCGGCAGAUCGUCACUGCACUUGGCGGAAGCAUGGACAUACAAAGCGAACAUGGCAAGGGGACAACUGUGACGGUUUUAAUUCCGUUAGAAGCAUCCUCCGCUGGUACAGAUGACCCUCAAGUCGGCCAUCGGAAGAUCGCGAAGGAGUUGAAAAGUAAGAACCUUACAUACGCUUUUGUAAAUUCCGUCAGUUCCUUGGAUACCUUGAAUGAGCCAGUUAUGCGAUGUGCUGUGCAGACCCUUUCAGACUGGUUCGGACUCCAAAAGACAAAUUUAUCUUCCCUGAGUAUGCCGGAUCUGGUGGUUGGUGAUGCACAGGUGGUUGAAAAGCUUUGUGUUCAGCUCGAAAGGGACUCAGUUGAUUAUGAACAACCGUGCAAUGCCGAUACCAACAUGACCAAAUGUCUCUUUCAAGACUCUGUGCCGCUUCUGGUCUUAGGCACUAGCUCAACCCCCCAGCUACUCCCAAUGCGCGAUCGACAGAGACGCCUCAGUCAACCAUUUGGACCUCACAAACUUGCUAACGCCAUAUACGAAACUCUUUCUCCUUCCGAUUCUGCUCUAACAUCAUGGGAAACGAACGGUGAAACCCCAAAACGAGGCUCACUCAAAAGAUCUUACAGCUCGAUAAGUACUAGUUUAAGUCCUUACAGAGUCAUGGAGGGUCCAGAAACAUCAAACUCCAUGCAAUACAGCCCUCAAUUUCAGGAUUCCGCCGAUUUCAAUGGAGACCGUUCCUUACUCUCACUUCUUCUUGUUGACGAUAAUGCAAUAAACCUUAAAAUCAUAGCUACUUAUGUACGAAAACUACCGUGCAGGUUCACAACUGCGUCCAACGGACUCGAGGCUGUCGAGCUUUAUCAGAAAGCAUACCAAGAGGGCACGCCAUUCGAUGUCGUCCUGAUGGAUGUCUCAAUGCCCGUGAUGGACGGGUUCGAAGCGACCCGCCAGAUCCGAGCCUUCGAAUGCCGGACAGCAAUCAAGACACCGGCGCGGAUAAUAGUUCUAACGGGUCUGACCUCUGGGAAGUCGCAUGAAGAGGCUCUAGCAAGUGGGGUUAAUUUAUUCUUGACCAAACCUGUUCAGUUGAAAAAAUUGAAAGGUGACCUGGGGUUGAGUUGA